UACAAGUUCAACAAAGAUAGUACCAUUCGUAGACUUGAGUGUAAUAGAGAGAAAAGUGCGACCCCUGUUAAGAUAUUCUAAUUUAUUUUUCAUUCGGACGAUCCAUACAAAAAAAAAAGAAUCGGUUCAUUACUGGGUCGUAAAUGGCUGCCAAUUUUCAAGCAUCGGCCAAAGAUCGUGGAAAUGAAUCAUCGGCCAAAGCUUGGUAUCAAGAGCACUCGAUCAAACCGUUGGCCAACGAACGGCUGUUAAUUGUGCGCCGUUUUUAUAACCAAAAAGACGGCUGCCAAUGAUUCACCAUGCUCGGGCCAGUAUAGUGUGCCAUUUAUUGGCCAAUCAUUGCAAACUAGGCAUCGGCCGAUCUAUGGGAAAAUUUCUAAGCUCGGCGACUUUGUAUGGAAAUGUCAAUGACGGUCAUAGAGAAUCCAUCUGUCACGCGAUUGUAGAAAAAAUAUAAAAUAUUAUUGACAUGAUGACGCAAGUGUGAGUGCUCGGGAUGAACUUGUUUAGUUUAAGUAAAUAUAUGAGUGUUGUCAAUUAACUAUUCAUUUGUACAGAAAUUGAUAUCAUAAUAAUUAGUUUACUUUUGAAUAAAUUAUUUCACGAAAGUAAGAGAAAUGCAACACACGCAAAAGUUCUCUAUGGAUUUUCCACAUAGUAUACAGCAAAACUGAUCAAAGACAACACGGUGAAAAUUUUAUUUAAAAUAUGAGAAUACAUAAAUUUAUUAAAUUAUUUUUGUACUUCAUAAUUUUUAAUUGUGUUUCGACAUCCGGAUGGAACAUAAAAUCUGAAGAAAAUGAUUAUUCGGAAUUAUCCGGAAUUUUGACACAUGUGCUGGAGUCAUGUAACAAUAAUUUCCGAAAAAUUGUAAUUAAUGGUAACGCAGAUGAAAAUAUAAUUAAAUCAAUACGUAAUUUGGAAUCAGUUGGUGUUAUUUUACACGAAAAUUCAUUAAAAGUCGAUCCAAAAUUAGUGUUUCGACAUAAAGUUGGUUUAUUUGUAGUAAGCUUCGAUGAAUCAGUAGAUGAACUUGUCGAAAUUUUGCACACAUUCAAAAAAUCUCCAUGGUGGAAUGUUAUGACGCCUUAUUUUGUACUCAGUGGAUCGAAAAAUGGCUGCAGUGAUGCUCAAACUGUUCUACAAACAGUUUGGAAAAUGAAUAUUUUGAAUUGUUACUUUGUUUGUCUCGACUCACAACAGAAACCGUUCAUUUACACUUUCAACCCGUACUCAAAGUAUGCACCCGAUCAAUGGAAAUUCGUCGAAGAGCUCAAAAACGGAUCCAAUUACAUGGCGAUCUACAACCGACCCUUCAAAAAAGAAAAUAUCUGCAAGGGUUUCAAUUUCGACCGGACCAAAUAUCUCGACCGGACAACAGUAAAUGCCGCCUUCUGCAUCACUGAAAACAAAACCCACCUGUUUAAAAACACGACCGACAAAAGUAAAUUCUAUAAAUUUUCAUCAUACGACUCACGUAUAACAAGCGCGAUAAAAACAGCCCUCAAAGUCUCUCUGAAAUAUGAUUACGACCUACGAAUUUCCGGUAUUUUAACUUCAAAAUUGUACGGGGUUUAUAUUCUCUUGGAAAAAAAAACAUCUGACGUCGUUCUGUGCUCAGGUACUCAACCUUACUUAUUGGGUUUUCCGGGAAGUUAUCAAAUAAGUUACUCUGGAUUCACUAUUUUUUCUCGUAACCGCGGUUUCAAAACACCCUUAGAGAAAAUGUAUAAAUUCUACGGACCAUUGAUGAUUGCAGCAACAAUUAUCAUUUCAACAAUCACCUAUUUCGUUAUCUGGUACGUAAAUAAACCGCGAGGUCACUCAUUCGCGGUCUUUGAAAUUCUUCGUCUUUGGACUUCAAAUUCUCUUUAUACUAAAAUUGAUACCUUAGCACUCCGUAUAUUUUUUUUCGUGAUAUUUCUUUACUUUCUGAUACUUCAAGCGACUUUUCAAGGGCAUCUAUCUAAAUUUCUAACAAACCCUGAGUUGAGAGACAAUGCCGAGUCCCUGCCUGAUUUAAGGAGUAGUUUCUAUGAAAAAAUUUAUAUCACUCGAUCCAGUGAACUUUUCAUUACGGACUACAAAAUUCUUAAAUCAAAAUCAAAGUCUACUUCAUUUUCAAAAUGCAUGGAUGCGGUUUUGCAUGAAAAGUCAAGUGUGUGUAUCAGUAAUCAUUUGGCUAUCAUGUUAUAUCUCGAUAAGUUGCACUUGUCAAAAGACUAUCUACAAAAAUUCUAUCUGUCUCCGAAUUUUUUACGAAAUACUUACUAUAUAUUCACGACUCGUCACGAUUGGCCUCUCAAACAAAAAUUCGACUACGUUCUCCAGAGACUAGAGAACACCGGAAUUCUACAAAAAAUAAACAAUAAUUUAACUGCUCAUCUUGAAUCUUCUUUAUUUUAUGCGCAGCUCGAGCCUGAAUUUCGGCCUAUUGAUCUAGAAUCGUUAUUAUUCAUUUUCUACUUCUUAAUUUUCGGGCUCUCAGCUGCUACUUUUUGUUUCAUUCUCGAAAAAUAUAAUUUCGCACGGAAUAAAAAAAUAAUCAUUGAUCAAAAAAAUCAAAAGAAAUUAGUUAAUAAAAAUAAUAGACGAAGAAAAAACAGAAAACGGAUCGUAAAAAAAAACAUUACUGCCGUUCAGAAUUUAUGAAGUAUUUUAUAAUAGAGGUGGGUAGUUCCGGACCUGUAUAGUUCUAUGAACUAUGUCUUUUGUCGAAUACGUAUCCGUUCGUUCCUCAAAAUUCACUUUAGUAUACUCACUAGUUCUUUUUUGUCCACCACUGCCGUCAUUACCAACAAGCAAUAAAGCAGCAGAAUAAUUUAUAAUUGGUGAUUUCUUAUGGAACUUUGAGUUGAAUACCAAUCAUAAUUCAUUCUCUAUUUAGUAUAAAAUAGUAUAGUUCGCCGUGAAUGCGUUUUAAACACAUAGGUCGCAAAGCAUAAUGUUGUGUAUACUAGAAUAUUUUGUAUGUCUACACGGAGAGAAAAAUAUCCCCAGAAUGACUAUCUAAUGUAUCCUCAAAUGACAUAUCGUCAGAAUAACGAUUCGUAUACCUAAUUUAGGAAUACUCUCAUAUUAAUUUAAUAAUCUAUAGUAUCGUUAAAGUAAACAUACGUAUUUGGGUUAGAUUAAGUAUUCGUUUAUUUAAUUUAACAAUACGACGGAUAGCCUUUGUAACGAUAUGUAGUUUCGUUAAUAUAGGUAUCCGUAUCGCCAGCGUGAGGAUCCGUAUAGCUAAAUUAGCUAUACGAAUCGUCGUUCUCGGUUGCCGGAUGCCUAAAUACAGAGUUUGCGCAAUAGUCAUGUCAGCGAUUCAUGAAAUGCCUAAAAUAAGGAUACGGAUCGUCAUUUUGACGAUCCACUGUGAGGAUACUCUGUAUAGCUGAACUGGCUAUACGGCGUAUCGUUAAGUAAGAUGACUAUACAGCGUAUAGCCAAAAUAGCGAUACGUAUACUUAAUCUGGCGAUAUUUUUCUCUCCGUGUACGUUCUAAAUACUAAACCUUCAUGAGAAUUAAAAACAUUAAAUAGUUCCACGGAUAUGAUUCCAGGAACUAGUUCCUUUUCGCUCCGGAAACGUUCCAGGUUCAAUCCGGAAUGUUCCCGGAACUACCCACCUCUAUUUUAUAUGUAGUCGACUAAAAAACCUCCACGCCCGAGUCAAAAAACAAAUUCAGGUUUAAGUCUCAAAGUUUUCAAUGAGGUUUUUGAGGAUUGAUUUAGAAUUUUGAGAUUGACAGUAGAAAGUUAUCGUAGUUUAGUCCUCAAAGUAGUAGUUAUGACCCAUUUUACCCCUUUGAGGACUAAACUGGAAGAACAUAAUCUUGAUUAGAGCCUCAAAAUACUCGAAACAUACAGGAAUUAUUUUAUCCGCAUUUGAACCUUGGUCUCAUUCGACGUAUUUCCUCCCCUCCCUUUUGAAUCUAAAAUUUUUCAAAGUCCGAAGUAUAACUUUUCAUUCGUUGAGAAUUUUGAGGUCUGCUACGAUUUAGAAUCGAUAAAUUAUUCGCAUUUCGACCUCAUAGUUCUCAUUGAGGAUUUUUAGUACUAGAGUUACUUUCUGAGCGGCAAAUAAAACAUCAAAGAAAUUGAGGCUUUUGCGGACUAAACUAUAAUUUGUUUUUUGACGGGCAAUUUUGAUCACAGACGUAUUUUAAGUAAUAAUUUAAUAUUUUUGGGUGAUUUAAAAUUUAGAUGUGUAGUCGAUAUUUCCACUUAAAUAAAUUUUUUCAAUAUCGUUAGUGUCACAUGAAAUAAACUGUACUAUUUCUUCAUUUGAAGCAGUGACAAACAUAAUUAUACACUAUUGUGAAGCCACAGUUCAAACUAUCGGAAAGAAAUUUUUUAUUCAUUAUAUCAAUAAGUUGGCGUGUUUACCAUGGACACAGAUCGCACUAUGGUAUCUGAUUAUUUAUUUUUUAUCAA